GUACCGUGUCCAUCAUUGAUCAUGGACAUUACUCGAUAGAUCCCAGCCGAUCUUAGACGCCAGAGCCGCCCAACGUGCUCUUUAAACAACAACGUACUCCGGCCACUCCACUCUCUCCCAAGUGAGUGUGAGAGUGACACCGGCGGCGAGCUGAAUUAAUGGCGAUGAAGCGGCGGCUAUGGCGCCGCAUGGGCGGCAGCGUGCUGGGCUGCUUCGCCGCGUGCGUGGGCGCCGGCGCCGGCGCCGGGUGCGGCUGCCUGUGCGCGCGCGCGCUGGAGGAGGUGGUGGAGGAGAGGAAGGCCCUGGUGAGUGGGAGUAGCCAGGUGGUGAGGCUCACCGACCUCCUCGUCGGCAAGGGCUCGUCGUCGUCGUCGUCCACCACGCUGGGUUUCCAUCUGCAGCCCAAGACCGUGGAGCUGAGGGUGUCCAUGCACUGCUACGGCUGCGCCAAGAAAGUCCACAAGCACAUCUCCAAGAUGGAAGGGGUGACUUGGUUCGAGGUGGAUCUGGAGCGCAAGAAGGUGGUGGUGACCGGCGACGUGACGCCGCUGGAGGUGCUGCAGAGCGUCUCCAAGGUCAAGCUCGCACAACUCUGGAUGCCACCACAACCAUGCUAACGUACAUGCUCGUCGAUCGAUCGCCGCUGUGAUAUGAAGCGACACGAGACCAUUUUCUCCGACGACCAACCCUCUAUUUCCCUGGCUUCCCUUCUUAUAUUAGCUUGUUCUUUUCUUCAAAACCUAUGUAUUCUCCUAUUACAAAGGAUUAUCAUUGAAUGACAUAUGACACGAAAUAGCGAAAUUUGCCGAA